AUGGCGCCCCGCGGUCGAAGCGCAACGGCAGGCGACGAUGCCCUUACCGACCGCAGUUACGACUCGAGCCCGGAUCCGCUGGCCCUCUCCUUUGACGGCACCAUCCCCAUGUCAGGACGAAAACCCAUGCCAAGAGAUUCAAUGGCGCGAAGCUCGCCGAGCAAGCAGAACCGCAGACUCGAGGCAUCCGAGAUGAUGUUCUCCUCGCCCACCAAGUCGAUGAUCAUGAGCACACCACGAGCGGGCGGCGCAAGCCCCUGGCGCAUCAAGGUCACCGUCCAGGCCGAGCCCGGAAGCGACGAAGUAAACGCCGAGUCGCCAUCCGUGAAGCGAGUCACGAGGACCAAGACAACGACAGUACCAUUGAAGGACCACGAGGCGUCAUCUCCCGUCAAACGCCCUCGCGGACGGCCAAGGAAGUCUGACGUAGGGGCCACCCCGAAGUCAAAGCGAAAGGGAACACCAGUCAAGAGAGCGGCACGAUCUAGGUCUCCAGAGACCAACAUGAAGGCUGGAGAGUCGAGCGCAGCCGACGUGGAUACCGACGUGCCUCCCAAGAAGCGCAGAGGGCGGCCCAGGAAGAACGUGCAACUACCGCCGGAGGCAUCAGACGCACGAGAAGGCUCUGCGCAAGAUGUCACGCCCGUAUAUCCUUCAAGCUCCAAGUCGGAGACCUCAAGGAAGAGCGCACACUUCGCAGAUCUCCCCGGCCCCACUACCGAGACCAUGAGCGAUGCGCUGAUGCACGCUGAGGAACUACCCAAUCUAAGCUCGCCGAUACAAAGAAGUAUGCGACAGGAUCUACGGACGCGACAGGGCACUCCGCAUGCGAACAAGGUGGUGCUGAUGGAAUCUGAUGAACACGAAGAGGAGGGAGGCGACGUUCUUACACCGGAUAGUGGAGAGGACGGGGAUCCUAUACCAACCAGUGAAGGUGCCGAUGUCGAUGUUGACAUCUCUGAAGACGGUCACGCAAGCCUGCCAACACCCAGCGAAAGCUCCGUCCACUCCAGCGACGCAGGCGAUGACUACGGUCAAGCCUUCGAAGACGACGAACCCGAAGACGGAGAUGCCGCAGGAUUCGGCUCUGACCAGGCCACCACGAGGAUGGUCGACGAUACCACUAUUCAGAACGAGAGCUUCACCAUGAUAUCGCUCGAUACACUGCUUAGCAAUGGAGCACGUAGUCCGUCAAAACCAGAAGAGGCACAGAACACCGCAGCACCAGCUGUCAAGUCGUCACUCAGGAAUGAGUACACAAGGCUGUCCGCAGACACGACGCAUGAUGCUGGAUCAUCGAAUUCUGAAGAGCCUCCACUACCUCCACCCGAAACUUCUACAGUGCCAGCUGACUCUGUACGGCCAAAAUUACCGCGCUUUGUGACGCCUGUUGUAGAUGCCGAUCUUCCAUCAGCACCGCCCGCUCUUGAGUCCGUUCGUUCCAAAUCACAAACGCCAACGCUCGGUCGCGUGGUUACUGCUGGUGUAGCUUUGCAAGGUUUAUUGGAUCCCAAUCGUCUUAGUCUCACACCAGAACCUUCUCAACAGGCACUCAACCAAAAGCGCGGUUCGUUAGAUGAUCUGUUCCGAGGCUUCAGCGAAGGCACCCGGAAAGAGCUUCAAGCAGGUCUGCGUCUUGGUGAGCAGCUCGCUGAGGGCCAAACACACGAAGAGAGUGCGCCUGGUCCUUCGAGCCCUAUCAGGAGUCUUCCCACGAUGGCUCCCAGACAAGGUGUGUUCCGAAUGCAACGAAAGUAUCGUCAGUCACGCCUUAUUACACCUGAAGACCAAGACCAUGUCGCGAUACCAGAGGAGCCAAUAUCAACAGAGCCAGCACCAGCAGAACCCACAGCUAUGGAGGGUGAGGUGCAGUAUCCGACUCUGAAUGUGGAAGAAGAGGAAUCCGAGGAGGAGGAGCAGCAGCAGCAGCAGCAGCAGGAAGAAGAGGCACCGUUAAGCCCAGCAAGAAGCGAGGGCGAGAUGAGCUGGAGAGUCGACACACCUCCCGCGAAACGCCCUGGCUUAUCACCAAGAAACAAUGUGAUCGAAGAAGCCCAGCAGGAUCAGCCCGGAAGACAGACCAAGAAACCUGCGCAAUGGGACGACUUCGCUGACAUCUGGCAAGAGGAGGCCAGUCGCUCGUUGAUUUCAGCUGAGCCAGAGGAAGUGCCUGCAGAGAAGGAAGAAUCUUUGCAUGACAUCUUCACAGAGAACAUUCCUACCAAGCCGGCUCGUAGCCAGCUCCUAAGAGAGUGGCGUCGCAAGAGGGCGAACGAACUCCGCCGCGGCGGCGAAGUAGAACCACAGAAAGAGCCCAGUCCUGCACAGCCGGAGCCCGAAGUUCCAGACCAACCAGAGGAUGAAGAAGAAGAAGAGCAAGGCAGUGAUGUUGUGACGCCAUUGUCCGAAGACAAGCCAAUGCAGGAUGGAGAUGAGUCGAGUCCUGCGAGCGAGGCUAGUGAUGACACUGGUACAUUCUUCCAGUCAAACAUGCCGAAUGUUUUCAAUCAGAAGCAACCAUCGCGAUUCGAGCAACGGAGGCCGAGACGGCAAGAGAAGGAGAAAGUCAGUUUGGAAGAGCUUCUCGACCAAGGGGAAAGCUACGUUCCAGAGUCUUCGCCGCCAAUGGCAACAAAGAAGCCAUCUCCGCCAACAAAGACGAACCCGUUCAUUGACACACCACCUCGUUUUCCAGCUUUGAUGAGCUCACCAAAAAAGAGCAGUCCUUUGAGGAGAGAGCUUCAAAGUGCCGAUAUCUCAACAAGCUCGGUUCAGUUUGAAGAGUCGACGCUACCACUCGCGCAAAGCUCGCCAUUCCACACUGUUGUUGAUGGUGAUAGCAAGAUCUCUGCAGCAUCCGAUCAACGACAGUUUCGUGUGGAGAUGGAGGGUAACACAGCUUCUACCAUAGUUCGUGUCCGUGAAGAAGCGAAUGAGUACCUUGACGCCUACGAGCCGCAAGAGCGGACCCUGAACGAAAUCACGGAGAUCACCGAGGAACCGAGCAGGCUUGCAUCAAGCCCGCCGAAGAUGCAGCAGCGUUUCCAGCAAAGCUUGUUGUCAGCACGUAAGCCUUCGCCGCUCUCCAAGAUUUCGCAGCGUUCAGGCGAGUCUCCCGCGCCAUCAUCGGCUCGUUAUAGCGGACCGCAAGUUGUCGACGACUCAGUAGAGACUUCUUCCAGCGUUCAGUCGCAAGCCAGCCCUGAAGUAGCCGCUCGCGAACAACCGACUCUUCUCGAUCGCGUAAAGUCUACCAUUACACGGCCGCCUCCUCCCGCAGCACAUCCGAUCAUCUCGCGCCUAACACCACUUCCAAAGAUCGAGCCUUGGACAAGGACACACUACAAGGCGCUCGACAAACUCUACACAACGCACCUCAAGCACCCUGCGCUCUUCUGUCCAUCCAUUGUUCCCCCUACGCCGCUUUCAAACACCAACGGCUACCUCCUGCGACAGUUCAUCUCUAAGAACGGAAACUUACCUUAUGUCGGGGCCACGUUCCACGCCUGGGGUUACAGCAUGGUCAUGACCGAGAAGCUGGUUGUCAUGUGCAGCGUGUUCAUGCAGCUUCUGAGUCUUCAGGAUGAAGAGGAGUAUUUUGAGGUCACUGGAAAGAGGCUUCAGAUGGGUGAUUGCGCGCCUGGUAACCUUGGCGAUCUAAUCACUGGUCAAGAGGUAUUGAGGCGACUUGCUACUGUCGUUAUGGGCGAGAGUGUAAGAAGAGAUGAGAGGGAGGGUAGGGAGAUUGAUCGUAGUGGGGGCUUGGAGGUCGAAUGGCCGCGGCGCGGUCGAUGA